UGCAGCCGCAUUUACAGUAGACGUUGCAACGCGUUUUGUUUUUCGCUCCCAAUAUAAAUUUCCAUUUAUUUUGUCGUGGCUCUUUUUCAAUUCGAGGCAAUUCACAAUGCAAUUUCAUAAGUGAGCUAGUGCAUAAAUAUAAAUAAAUCAAAAAGUGCUCUCAUAUAAACACAAAUGUGUCUAAAGUAGAAAAAAAGUGGGUUCAGGUAUCGCGUAGAGCUUUUUGAGCAAUCACGUGGCCGUGUGUAUUAAUAGCGAUACGCAAGAGUGUAAAAUUAUUAACAUUCCUUGGAGCGUUGAGGCCAGAGCAAGACACAGACACAUUGAGGCAAAAUGGAUUGGAACUGGGACUGGGCUGUGGGUGGCAUUACUGAUGAAAUACCCAGGACAACGGGACCCGAGUGCAUUAACUAUAUGACCGAUCGACGACGCUGGACCGAAACGGCACUGCUCUCGGCCGUGUUCAUCUAUAUCAUGCAUGGAUCGUGGAAGCGCUUGGCUCCCAUACGAUUGCCGCCCACACACGAGAUCCAGAAGCCGCACAGUCCGCUGCGUCUGCUGCUGCUCAUUGCCAUGUCCGUGAUCUUUGGCAUCGAGAUGGGCUUCAAGCUGUCCGGCGGCUCGAUGAUCUUUGCACUGAAUCCUUGUCAUGUGCAAACGUGUCUCCAGAUCUAUCUGCUGGCUGCCAAGCCCACGAAGACAACAACCGCCUUGUUUCGCAUUCAGAUGAGCAAUUUGAAUGGACCUUUCCUUGCCUUCUUAUUUCCGGAGGUGGAGGGUCGCACCUAUCCCUUCGAGCAGGCCACCUACUGGAUACAGCAUGCUCUGCUCUACCUUAUACCCAUAUACAUCUUGAGAAGUGGCGCCUACACCAUCGAGGAUCUGGGCGACUUCAAGUGGUCGAAAAUAGGCACCGCCUUCAUGCUCUUCUAUCAUUUUGUGCUGCUCUCGCCGCUUUCCAUACUGACUGGCAUCAACUUGGAUCACAUGCUGUGCGCAGCUAUGUCGGAUCCGUUCCAGGGCCAGAACUACAGACUGUUUGCCUGCUGUCAUCAGGCGCUGCUUUGUCCGCUGCUCAGCAAGGGCACCGCCCUGAUCUUUGGCUCGAGGAAGUGCCGCGCCAACGAGAAUGGCGUGCACAACAAUGCUGUUGCCGAGGGUUGUGAGACUUAUAUGCAGACGGGAUCGGGAUCGGUAUCGGGAUCGGAUCGUGCGCUAUAUCAUCAGCUGCCGGCGCAGCAGGAGUAUAUGUCGGCAGAGUCAAUAACGGCUGAGUACACCAUGCCGACCACCAAGAUUGACUAGUACAGCGCUGACAAGGGCAGCAGGAUAUGUCUAAGUCGAGUAUACCCGUCAAUUUAUAGACUCUUAUUUGAACUAGCAGCAACAGCAAGAGUUGUGGCAUGGCUUCUCCUGGAGCCAGUGACACUUUGUAGCUAGUCUAGUUUGGAGCUGUUGCGAAACAAAAAGCAGUUAAAGUGUAUAUAAUAUUCAGAUUAAGAUUUAUGCUCAUUGAGGUUUGCUUCAAAUGAAAUGAAACAGUUCGAGUGGUUCUAACUUGUUCAAUUAUAUUGCAAUUUUACAUUUGAUUUUUGGUGUAAAAUCAAAAGGCAUACAAUAAUAUGUACAUUUUUAAACGUAAGCGCCCUUUAAAAAUUAAAUAAAUAA